UACUGCGUCUACUUGCACCUUGUUCGUUGUCUUUUAAUCCAGAGACAAUCGCGCCUCCUAGGAAACGGUUUGACUCGAGACCAAGGUUUCUACCAAUCGAAGACGUCUUUUCCCUCCCCUUCCAGAGGGACUUGUCGCGGUUACUAGAGAAACUCUAUAGUCUACAUUCCUGGCCUUGCGUAGGCUCACCAAAGGCACGCGACGCGCCUCUUGAUUUUGACUCUGGUCCUUUCCCUCGCUACUCCUUUGGGGACUAGCUAAGCAAUGACUUCUGACUGUGUUAAACACGAAGUUCCUCCUGCCCCGCCUCACAAAGACCGUGAGAACGAAGAAAUGAGACCCCAGGGUAGCAUGUCUGAUCGCCUAACUGUCGAAGUUGAUUGUACAUCUCUGGGCUCGAACGAGUGCCCCUCCAUGACUAGCUUUUCGCCUCUCGAUUCACCAAAGACCACGCCUACCAGUGUCUAUAGUCACGGGUCAUUGCAGUCCCCUGGCUGGCACGAGGGCGGAUCAUUCCCCAGUCAGGCCUACGAGCGGCACACCGGGUCGACCCCCAUGCGCAGUGCUUUCCGCUUGGCUAGUAUGACGUCGAACGAUGUGAUGGGUAUGCCUUACUCCAAUAUGGAGCCCCAGGAGCGGAUGCCGAUGACCGACUUCUUGUCUGGAUAUGACGAGAAUGUUGAACAAUUUUGGAUCCCUUCGGAAGCGCCCAAGACAUACGAGCAUGGAGUACACGCGCUCCCAUACCCUCCGCAUAUGCACCACUACACUACCAUGGCUCGCCCGAAUUAUCGCCAGCACCAUGCACCAUAUCUCCCAGAAUCUGCAACCAACCCUUGUUUAUCGCGCUCCAUCUUCCAUCAUCAGCAUGAACGGAUUCCAACUUCCAUGUCAAUGGGAAAUAUGAUUCCUUGGAUGGCCCCGCCCGCCGAAUCGAUUGCUCCACAGACAAUUGCGCCCUCCCAGGUUGCCCCGGUCACCCCACCUCCAUCGUACUCGGAAUUUCCAGCAUCACUCGGUGCCUUCAAGACACACACCCCAGCCACUCCUGUGCGGUCCUGCUCGCUGGGUAGUGGAUCUGGAUCGGAUACUCCCAUUUCUCGCCUGUCAGGUAGCAUGGACUACAUGGAUGACUUUAGUCAAUCACCUGUCUACCGGGAUGGUCUUGUUCGAGUGCAGCGUCAGCCCUCUCGCAAGACUGCCCGGAAGCAAGCCUCUAAGCAGAGCCUGAGCCUGGAGAGCCUCCCGUCUAUCAUCAAACAGGUGCAAUUUAAGUGCAAAGAGCCUGGGUGCAAGGGACGCUUCAAGAGGCAAGAGCACCUAAAGAGACAUAUGAAAAGCCACUCCAAGGAGAAGCCCCAUGUUUGCUGGGUCCCUGGGUGUCAUCGCGCAUUCUCCCGCAGUGACAACCUUAACGCACAUUAUACGAAGACCCACAGCAAGCGAGGCGGCCGCAACCGCUACGUCGCCACCUUGGACGAAAACAGUCCCGACUACAACCCAGAGUAUCGCGGCCAGCUGACCCCUGAUGGGCGACCGCUGUAUUCUCAAAAGCACGACGACACCAUGUCGGGCACUCGUCAUAUGAGUGUCGAAUGGGACGAUUGAAAGCGGGCGGAAGUUUAGGACAGGCGGACCAAACCAUGAUACCCUUGGCGAACAGGUUGCCAUUUCUCCUUUUUGGUCUUAGAUGGGGACAGAAACACAGGGCCAGGCAGACCCUGUCGGCGCUUCGCGGCGUUUAUUUGUAAAACAUACCUGGUUAUAUAUACCGGAUAAUUUCCUUUGUUGGUUUUGAUGUUGCAUAUCCUUUUUCUUUUCUACAAAG